CGCGCUAACUCCUCCCGCCAAACUCCCCGCAAACACUAUGGUUAAAGUGUAUGCCGAGAUUAAUCCCUGUAACAUUAUCCGCCUCUCCAUCCACCGCCCAUCUUCCUCAGGAAGUCAGCCGUCAAAGCAACUGAGUGUCCGUCUCUCGUCUCUCUGGGGACCGUCAAUAUUCGUGAAGAGACACUAAGCGAAAGUUGCUGAUACAGUGUUCUCCUGUUAUUUAGGGAAUUUAUAAACCUGGAGGCGAGUUGUGUCAAUUUACCUCCACCUCUCCACUUACAGCACAGCAGUAUGGUGGUGGGGAUGUCCACUAUUUCCUCAUGAUCACCGCUCCAUGCGCUUCAUCUCUCCUCUGAGCUCCGUGCCCCCUCACCCUGCGCCGGACCCCGCUCCAAACACCCCCCAGCCUGCCAUGGUCCUCCAGGCCGUGUUGCUGCUGCUGCUGCACUGCUUGGCCUCCUCUCGGGCCCAGUACGAACUGUGCAAGUCCCUGGUGAGCACGGAUGAGGGCUCGGUGUGGGAACAUUACGCGUGCCAGCCGAAACCCGCGUCCAUGAAAGACUACAUGCGGAUCAAGGUGGAUCCGCCGGGAAUAACGUGUGGAAACCCACCGGAGAGGUUCUGCACUCUGGAAAACCCAUACCUGUGCAGUGACGAGUGUGAUGCAUCUAACCCAGACUUGGCUCAUCCUCCUCAGCUGAUGCAGGACCGUGAACGCAAUGGCCUAAUCACAUACUGGCAGACAGUCACAUGGAGACGCCACCCAGAGCCCCUGCUGGCAAACAUCACUAUGUCUUGGAACAAGAGUCUGGAGCUCACAGACGACAUCCUGAUCACCUUUGAAUACGGCCGGCCUACUAUCAUGGUUCUGGAUAAGUCCAUGGACCACGGACGCUCCUGGCAGCCCUACCAGUUCUAUGCUGAUGACUGCCUGGACGCCUUCAACAUGCAACCCAAACGAGUGCGUGACCUUUCGCCUGCUAACAUCACACGGGUCAUCUGCACUGAGCAGUACUCGCGCUGGGUCGGUUCCAAGAAUGACAAGAAUGUGAAGUUUGAGGUGCGGGCGCGCUUUGCUGUGUUUGCCGGACCUCGGCUACAGAACAUGGACAGUCUGUACACUCGCAUGGAAAGUAUGAAGGGAUUGAGGGACUUCUUCACCUUCACCAACCUUAGGUUGAGGCUUCUCAGGCCCGCCCUCGGAGGCACCUACGUCCAGAGAGACAACCUGCUCAAGUACUUCUAUGCCAUCUCAAACAUCGAGGUACCUGCCAGGUGUAAGUGUAACCUCCAUGCCUCCCAGUGCCUGCUGCAGGAUGGGAACCUCCAGUGCCAGUGUGAACACAACACCACGGGCCAGGACUGCCAGCGCUGCAGAAAGGGCUUUAAAGCCAAGUCCUGGAAGGCUGGCUCCUACCUGCCAACACCCAAUGGAACCCCCAACACCUGUACAAUUGCUGGUUCCCCCUCCGGUUCUAACUGUGAGUGCUACGGCCACUCCAACCGCUGCAGCUACAUCGAAUACUUGAAAAUUGUCACGUGCGUCAGCUGCAAGCACAACACCAGGGGCCAGAACUGCCAACACUGCAGACUGGGAUACUUCCGCAACGCCUCUGCUGAACUGGAUGAUGAGAGCGUCUGCAUCGAGUGUAACUGCAACCAAAUGGGUUCUGUUCAUGACCGGUGUAACAGUACAGGCUUCUGCCAGUGUAAAGAUGGCGCAACGGGGGCCAAGUGUGACGACUGUCUGCCGGGCUACUACUGGAAACAAGGCUGUUACCCUAACAUUUGUGAUGAAGAGAUGCUCCUGUGCCAGAACGGAGGAACGUGCUACCAGAACCAGAAGUGCAUCUGUCCUCCGGAGUUUAAGGGGGUACUGUGCCAACAAUCCCGCUGCGAGGCGGGCAAGGACUGCAACGCCGCCUCUUCGCCGCACCUCUCCACAGCCAGCCUGCUGCUCUGCACUCUGCUAGCCCUACUGCUGGCCAUGUUAACUCCCCACUGAACCACAAAACCCCCCCUCAGACCAAGGAGCGUGUGUAUAUGUGUGUGUACGUGAGGGAAACCCAGAGUAGUUAGGGUCGCCCCAGUCAUGGACCCAAUGAAGACUCACCACUGCACUCACAAAAGAGCACACACUCACACAACACUUACCAUCCCCAGUCUGCUUUCAA